AUGUCGCAGCUAAGUACGAACCUGGGUGAUUCCAGCCCUCCGGAGUCCCCAGUGCCUCCAGCCCAUAGCCGCCCUACAGUACUGAUGCGGGCUCCGCCUGCUUCCUCCCGGGCUCCUCCAGUCCCUUGGGAUCCACCUCCAGUGGACUUGCAGGCUCCCCUGGCUUCUUGGCAGGCUCCUCAGGCUGCCUGGGAGGCUCCAGAGGGCCAGUUGCCUGCCCCAGUGGCUCAGCUGGCCCAGCCUCCUGCCCUAGGGGCCCCAAUGGUCCAGGCUCCCCCUCUGGGGGGGGCGAUGGCCAAGCCUCCAACUCCUGGAGUCUUGAUGGUCCAUCAGCCCCCUCCGGGAGCCCCAAUGGCCCAGCCAUCAACUCCAGGAGUCCUGAUGCUUCAUCCUUCUGUCCCGGGGGCCCCUUUGGCUCAUCCUCCUCCCCCAGGAAGCCAAAUGACACACCCUCCUCCUCCUCCUCCUUCUGGGACCCCGAUGGCACACCCUCUUCCUGGGACCCCAAUGGCCCACCCUCCUCCUCCUCCUCCUCCUCCUCCUCCUCCUCCUCCUCCUCCUCCCCCUCCUCCUCCACCUCCACCACCUCCUCCUCCUGGGACCCCUAUGGCCCACCCUCCUCCUCCUGGGACCCCUAUGGCCCAUCCUCUUCCACCUGGGAACCCGAUAGUGCAUCCUCUGCCUCCUGGAACCCCGAUGGUCCAUCCUCCCCCACCUGGAACUUCAAUGCCGCAUGCUCCAAUUCCGGGGACACCGAUAGCCCAGCAACCAACUCCAGGAGUCCUGAUGACCCAGCAGCUGACACCGGGAGUCCUGAUGGUCCAGCCUCCUGCUCCAGGAGCUCCGAUGGUCCAGCCUGCUCCACCAGCUGCCUUGAUGACCCAGCCUUCACCUUCGAUAACUACGAUGGCCAAGCCUCCAGGUCCUGGUGUCGUGAUGAUCCAUUCUCCAGGUGCCAGAGCUCCAGUCAUUCAGCCUCCAGUGUCAGGAGCACCGAUGGCACAGCCAGUGUUGCCCCCAGGGCAGCCUCUGACUUCGUGGGCCCCACAGGGUCAGCCUCUGAUCCUGCAAAUCCAGUCUCAAGUCAUAAGGGCUCCUCAACAGGUUCCCCCUGCCCCAUCAACCCCACAGGUGCAACUGGGUACAGGCCCUAGCUGGCAAGCCACCACACCCAACUGGCAGGUGACGCCCCAGGGUUGGCAGGGGACGCCCUUGAACUGGCAGGGCACGCAGGUCUCUUUGCAGGCCCCCACAAUAGCCUGGCAGGCCCCUCCUAUGCGCCAAGGGUUCCCACCUAUUCGUCCUGGUCCCGCACCCAUUCGACCUGGAGCGCCUGCAAUACUCCGCCAGAUGCCACCUGUGAUUCGUCAGGCCCCAUCACUGAUGCGGCAAAUCCCACCAUUGAUCCGCCAGGCCCCUCUACCUAUCAGACAAGCUACACAUGGCAUAGCAAGCCAGACUCAUCUGUGGCAAGUCCUGCCACCCCCGCCUCCACUGCGCCAGGCUCCACAUACUCGUCUGCUGAUCCCCAGGAUGCCAGGGACACCUCAUGUGCCUACAGCACCACAAGUUACUCAGAUACAUUUGGUGCCACAGGCAGGCCUACAGGUGCCCCAGACAUUGUUCCCAGCAUCACUGUCUAUCACAAUUCCUGUGCCCCAGAUUGCCCCUCAGUCUGGUCCCCGAGGUAUGCAUUGCCCAACCAUCAUCUGGCAGGCCCCCAGAGGCCAGCCCCCGGCGCCACAGGAGCUCCAGGUGCCACAGGAGGUCCCGGUGCCACAGGAGGUCCCGGCGCCACAGGAGGUCCCGGUGCCAGAGGAGGACCCGGUGCCAGAGGAGGACCCGGUGCCAGAGGAGGUCCCGGUGCCAGAGGAGGUCCCGGUGCCACAGCAGCUCCAGGUACCACAGGAGGUCCAGGUGCCACAGGAGCUCCCGGUGCCACAGGAGGUCCCAGUGCCACAGGAGCUCCCGGAGCCACAGGAGCUCCCAGUGUCACUGGAGUUCCAGGAGGUACAGCAGGCCCGGGCAAGGGGCUGGCAGGCACCCAAGGCACCCACUCACUUCUGGCAGCCUGCGCCUGCCCAGGAGACCCAGGAGCAGGCCACUCAGCUCACCCAUGUGGAGCAGCAGCAGCCCUUUCGGGGAGUUCCAGCCUCCCACAGAAGCCGGCAAACUCGGAGGCAUACCCACCAGGCCCAAGCCACAGGCCUGCAGGCAGAACUGCCCUCAAUACAACCGCAGCCUUCUUGGCAAGGCCCACCCCCAACAGCGCAGGCACAGCCCGGAGCCUCGAGAGCACCAACAAAUUUUCCCAGGGGCCCCACUAGGUCACACAUGACUCCGUCAGGAGAACCUGGCCCCUCUUCUCUAGAACCUAGGGGCCCUCCUAGAGAUCGUAGGUCCUCUGCAAGGGACAGAAAGGGCCCUCCAAAAGAUCGCAUGAUCAUUGGUGCCACGUUCUGUGCUCCAAGGGCAGCAUCAGCAUCCAGGGCUUACCUGCCAACUGCUUGGAGAAACUUGCCUGCCACAUCAGAGAACUUAGCUGCCACUUCAAGGGUCUUUCCACCUACCUCUCAUUUUCAGGCUGCCUCUUCUAAUGCCUUUAGAGGUCCAUCAGCCACCUCAGAGAGCCCAAAGUCACUGCCAUUUGCUCUGCAGGAUCCUUAUGCCUGUGUAGAGGCCCUGCCUGCAGUUCCCUGGGUUCCAUUUCCUGAGGUGAAUGCCUCCUCAGCAUGUAAGGCAGUGCCUGCCAUCCUGAUGGUGACAGCAGCUGCCCCCCAGGCAAGUGCCACUAUUCCAGAGGCCUCCAAGUCUGCAGAGCCACCACGGCGCUCUGGCAAAGCCACCAAGAAGAAGAAGCAUCUGGAGCCCAAAGAGGAGGAUUGUGGCCAUAGGAUGACCUCACGCGACUGGCGGGGGCCCCGACCCUGUGAGAGUACCAGGCAGAAUGACUGGGAGAUCCAAAGGGCAAUGCAGCUUCUGGGGGACCGAGACUCCUUCUACACUCCCCAGGGUAUGAAUGGCUUGGGAUGCCCCAAUACCUCUAGGAUUCCAGGGGGGGGCAUUGAUGGCCCCAGCACUUCACAAGAUCAGAGGUUCUGUGGUGGAUCAGGGGGGUCUCAGCCAUGGGCAGUCUCUGAGGUUCCAAGUGUCUCUCGGGGGUCCAGUGCUGCUCAGGGGGUCCCUAAUGGGGAGAGUCAGCCAUUGUCUCCCUUAGAUGAGAGGGCAGAUGCUUUGGUGCAGUUUCUCUUGGCCAAGGACCAAGCCAAGGUGCCCAUCCAGCUCUCAGAGAUGGUAAGUGUAGCCAUCCGAGAAUAUAAAGAUGAGAGCUUAGACAUCAUCAGACGGGCCAAUGCUAAGCUAGAGUGCACCUUUGGGUGUCAGCUGAAGGAAGUGGACACCAAAACCCACUCCUACAUCAUUGUCAGGAAGACAGGGUACCCUCAGUGCAGUCUGCCACCGUUCUAUUUAGACAGGCCAAAGUUCAACCUCCUGGUGGUAGUCCUGAGCCUUAUCUUUAUGAAAGGCUACAGUAUCAGAGAGAACCUACUCUUUAAUUUUCUAUUCCAGUUAGGACUGGAUGUCCACGAGACAAGUGGUCUCUUCAGGAGCACGAAGAAGCUCAUCACCCGUGUGUUUGAGGAACACAGGUACCUAGACUACAGGCGAGUCCCGUUCAUGGAGGCAGCAGAACACGAGCUUCUCUGGGGGCCGCGCGCAUUCCUCGAGACCAACCAGGUGCACAUCUUGAGAUUGUUGGCCGCACUCUGCGCGAACCAGGCCCAGACUUGGACAUCCCAGUACCUUGAGUUACUGUCGGCGUUGGAAUACAAGGACACAAACGAGACAUCCCAUGACAGUGACAAUGACACCCAUGACCCCACCAGCAGUCCCCAUCCUUAUUAA